AUGGAUGCAAGGGCCCUUGUUCGCGCCAUCAACAAGGACAACAUGCUGACACGCAUCGACCAGGCUUCACACUACCUCCGGUGCUUGAAGGACUCAACGGGCCAGCCACUGAGCCAAGGAGCAAGGAAGACCCCAAUCCUCGGCUUUCUGAUUGUCCUAGAGUUCAUCAAGGGCCUCGCUAAAGACCUGGUCUGGGACCCGAGUCCACUACGCAGGUGCCUGCGGACGAGGAAGCUCAGCCAGGACCACCUUGAGCUGUUUUUUGUGACUGUGCGCAACAGGACGGGCAACAACGACAACCCAACGGCACUCGAGUUCCGCUUUGCCUAUAGGAAAUGCCUGGUCGCCAAUCUCCAGCCCUCAACCCGAGGCAACUGCCAGGUUGACGGCACCGCAACACUCUUUGUCAGCUCGUCAGGGAGCCACCAGCAAGUCCAGUCAAGAGAUGAAGCUUCCACGAGUGAAGGCACCCAUGAGACCAACUCCUACCAGCCACUUUCUCAGUUCGCUGAUUGCGUUGUCGAGUAUAUCGUUGGGAAUGUAGCCAUAAACUUUGCCAAAGUAACCAAGUGUCCAGAAUGCUCCAGGAUUGUGCUGGUCACAAGUGACAAACGUGGCCUGGUGUUUGCCAAAGACGCCGGUGGCCUCCACAGCCCUUCCCAGGAUGUUCUGCACUUGUGCACAAUAGCAGAAAACGUGCUUCGGCGAAACUCUGACAGAGUGGCCAAAAGAGGCCGAAACUAA